AUGUCCCUGAACGUAGUUGACACCAUGGGCAGGUCCAUGCGGGACCUGCGCAUCUCGGUCACCGACCGCUGCAACUUCCGCUGCCCGUACUGCAUGCCGGCCGAGAUCUUCGGCGAGGCCUAUGAGUUCCUGCCGCGUGGGGAAAUUCUGACCUUCGAGGAAAUCGCCCGCCUGACCCGGCUGUUUUCCGAGUUCGGAGUGAGCAAGGCCCGCAUCACUGGUGGAGAGCCCCUGCUCCGCACAGACCUGCCGGAACUGAUUUCCCAAAUCGCGGCCAUCGACGGCAUCAGCGACGUCACCCUUACCACCAACGGUUAUCUGUUGGCCCAGCAGGCCAAGGACCUGAAGAAUGCCGGCCUGCAUCGCAUAACCGUCAGCCUGGACAGCGUCGACGACGAGGUGUUCAAGCAGAUGAAUGGCCGGGGUUUCGGCACCCGCCGCGUCCUCCACGCCAUCCAGAACGCCGCGGAAGUGGGCUUGACUCCCAUCAAGAUCAACGCCGUCGUUCAGAGGGGAGUCAACGACCACACCAUCGUCGACUUGGCCCGGCACUUCAAGGGCACCGGCCCACAUCGUCCGUUUCAUCGAGUACAUGGACGUCGGCAAUCGCAACGGCUGGAAGCUGGACGAGGCAACUACUCCGGCGAGGUGGCCGAGCGUUACCUGUACCGCGACGGCAGCGGCGAGAUCGGCGUCAUCGCCUCCGUCACCCGUCCCUUCUGCGGCGCCUGCACCCGCCUGCGCCUGUCCACCGACGGCCAGAUUUUCACCUGCCUGUUCGCCACUCGCGGCACCAGCCUGCGCGACCCCAUGCGCGCGGGCGCCAGCGACGACGACCUGCGCGACCUCAUAUCUGGCAUAUGGACCAAACGCACCGACCGCUAUUCGGAGGAGCGCUUUGCCGCCACUCCCGACAGGCCCCGCCCCGCCAAGGUCGAGAUGUACCAGAUAGGCGGGUAG